CCCCACCCCGCCCCGCAAUCCGAGGAGACCCCGAAGUGAGCGGGACACGGUUCCCUGCAUCACUGAAGAUAGGAGGCAUGCCCGCGCUUGGCACCGGGACUGCGGCCGGCCCGCAGGUGCGGAGCAAGCAUGAUGAGACAGCGGAAGGACUUUCCCGGACCGUGCUGUCGCUCACCGGCCCGCACCAAUCACCACGCAGCUUGCCCUCGGGCCCUCCUCUGUGAGGGGCGUGUCCACAGUGAGUGAUAGACAGAGCCGCCCGCCCCGCUCAGCCCAGCCCACGUUGCUGCUUAGAUUGAAAUGCAGAACUCAAGCCACUUUCUACGGGGCACAGACUUCCUUUUACUCCUUCCUUUUGCACUCUCGCCGCCUCCUCCGGGGAAGAAGCGGAGGCACCCACGGCCUGGGGCAGCGACGGGCUGGGCCACUGAGGCCGUGCGAAAAGUUUCUUUCUGGGAGCUCGGAACUGGGGCCCGGUUGGUGUGCUGCUCGGAGCAAUGGAGCCAGCCUUUGGGGAGGUGAACCAGCUGGGAGGAGUAUUCGUGAACGGGAGGCCGCUGCCCAACGCCAUCCGGCUUCGCAUCGUGGAACUGGCCCAACUGGGCAUCAGACCGUGUGACAUCAGCCGCCAGCUACGGGUCUCUCAUGGCUGCGUCAGUAAGAUCCUGGCGCGCUACAACGAGACAGGCUCGAUCUUGCCUGGAGCCAUCGGGGGCAGCAAGCCUCGGGUCACUACCCCCACUGUGGUGAAGCACAUCCGGACCUACAAGCAGAGGGACCCCGGCAUCUUCGCCUGGGAGAUCCGGGACCGCCUACUGGCCGACGGCGUGUGUGACAAGUACAACGUGCCCUCUGUGAGCUCCAUCAGCCGCAUCCUGCGUAACAAGAUCGGCAACUUGGCCCAACAGGGCCAUUACGACUCAUACAAACAGCACCAGCCUGCACCGCAGCCGGCGCUGCCCUAUAACCACAUCUACUCCUACCCCAGCCCCAUCACUGCGGCCGCCGCUAAGGUGCCCACGCCACCUGGGGUGCCAGCCAUCCCCGGCUCGGUGGCCAUGCCGCGCACCUGGCCGUCCUCGCACUCCGUCACCGACAUCCUGGGCAUUCGCUCCAUCACCGACCAAGGAGUGAGCGACAGCUCCCCCUACCACAGCCCCAAGGUGGAGGAGUGGAGCAGUCUGGGACGGAACAACUUCCCCGCCGCCGCCCCGCACGCGGUAAACGGGCUGGAGAAGGGAGCCCUGGAGCAGGAAGCCAAGUACGGUCAGGCACCAAAUGGCCUCCCGGCUGUGAGCAGUUUCGUGUCAGCAUCCACCAUGGCUCCUUACCCGACCCCGGCCCAAGUGUCACCUUACAUGACCUACAGCGCUGCUCCUUCUGGUUAUGUUGCAGGACACGGAUGGCAACAUGCCAGUGGCACCCCACUUUCCCCCCACAACUGUGACAUUCCCGCAUCGCUGGCGUUCAAGGGAAUGCAGGCAGCCAGAGAAGGUAGUCACUCUGUCACCGCUUCCGCACUCUGAUGGGAAAUUCCGUCUGCAACAGCCUCACCCAGCCGCCCCCUUCCGCACACCCUCCCCCUCCUGCCCUCCAACCCUUUUGCCUGGAGAGCUGGCUGUAUGGACUCACAUCCUUUGUGCUGAUGACAAUUAUUUCUUGCCAUAACUUCUCUCUCACAGAAAACCUGACAGGACGUUAGAAUUUAAAAACAAAAGCAAUAUUAAGGACUGAAUGAGACAUUUGUGCUGCCCACACACUGUUCUAAUGUAGUGAAGAAACCUGCACCCCUCAAAGGGCUUAAGGAACUUUUUAAACUAGUCUUUGGUAAAACCACAUGUGUAUAUUUAUUCUAAAUCGACCUAAACUUUUGAAAUGUGCAAUUGUUGAGAUUUUGCAAAAUCAAUAAAGGAAAAUACAUAUAGAAAAAAGUUAUGCUACACCCUCUAAUCAAAUAAGGUGACCAAAUAAGUCUUAAUUCGUCAUUAGGAAACCAAUCAAUAAUUGAUUUGUUUGAGUGAUCCUUUGUUUAUUUUUAAGAGGUGACCUAUUUUGUUGGAGAAUAUAUGUAUAACACAGCAAUAUCUGAAUUUAGCUUCUCCCGGUGUUCUGACUUGGUUCCAAAUAUGACAAUGUUUAUAUUUCCUAUUAGUUUGUAAAUAUGGACUCUGGAUGGUGCAUUUGUGUUUUCAUUCCGUGGGAUACCCCUCUCCCCCAACCCUCUCUAUUUUUUCUGUCUUUUCACAAAGGUGACUUUCUGGCAAUGUCUUUGUCUCUGUUUGGUGGCGGGCUGCUCAGGCUCCUGGACCUGGACUUGCCAUAAAUUCUGUGUGUGCAGUGAAGGCUUCCACAUGUCAUGAAGGACGUUUUCUUUCUACAGCAGAGGAUUCAAAAAACAGCCUCAACAAGCCAGUCUCCCAUUCUGUAUCCUACCUAAUCCAACAACACACACGCCAAACAUGCAAAGACAAGAGAGGGUGGAAAAUAUCUGAACAAGAAGGCUCUAAGGGAAGUCACUUAGAAACUUACGUUCAAUGUGAAACACUUUGCAAAGACACUUAAAAUGAACUUUAUGUUAAGAAAACCACUGUGAAACUAAAUUGUACUGUUAUUGUUGGCUUACCUGUGUGUUCAGCAAUCUCAGCCCAAAAUUAUGUUGUAAUUUAAAGAAAAUGGAAAAUUCUGCUCUAAUGAAUGUACAAAUGGCUUGCUGUGAAGUUUACAUUGUUGUACAGAAGUAUGUUUCACAUGUAGGUAAACUGGUGGUGGUAUUAGAAAUACAAAUCCUAUUUAAUUUUUAAAUUUCCCUUUAUUCAUUUCUGGAGUUACAG